AUGUUUCCAAUAAGGCUAUUGCUUUACAUAUUACUAUACCUAGUGUCGCUCACCUAUCAAAACUAUAUACCGCCACGAGACUAUAACAAGAACAACUAUUUUCUAGUUGAGCUAAACACAACAAAUAGUCAAAAACCAUUAAUAGAUUUCAUUUCUCAAUAUCAACAAGACUACAAAUUUGAACACCAAGUUGCAUCGCUAGAUAAUUAUUACGUAUUCAGCAUAGACAAGUCACACCCUCAUAACUCAUUCUUGGGCAACCACAACUCAAACAACUAUAACAAGAUAAAGAGGGCAACAGGAUAUGAGGAUAUUCACGAUCAUUUGAUCAAUACGGUUGAAUCACUACAUAUGUUGCACCCCAAAUUAUUGUCAAAGAGACUCCCCGUAUUUAUAGAACCAAAAGAUGACAAUGAUGCUUUAUCAAAUAUCCCAUCAUCAGAUAAGGAUCAAGCUCAUCAAAAGUUGGACUUUAUUGCAUCUGAAUUAGAUAUUCACGAUCCUGAAUUCUCUAAGCAAUGGCAUUUGCUAAACUUGGACUACCCGGGACACGAUGUCAAUGCAACCGGAUUAUGGCUUGAAGAUGUCUUGGGCCAGGGCAUAGUAACCGCAAUCGUGGAUGACGGAUUAGACGCCGAGAGCAACGAUUUGAAAGACAACUUCAAUGCUAAGGGAUCAUGGGAUUUUAACGACAACACAAAUAUUCCAUUGCCUAGGUUGUUUGAUGACUACCAUGGAACUAGAUGUGCCGGCGAGGUUGCAGCUGUGAAGAACGACGUUUGUGGGAUUGGUGUGGCAUACAAGUCUCAAGUUGCAGGUAUAAGAAUUCUCUCUGGUCCCGUUACUGCAGCUGAAGAAGCAGCUGCAAUGUGCUAUGGAUUGGAUACAAAUGAUAUAUAUUCGUGUUCUUGGGGCCCAACCGAUGAUGGAAAGACUCUAAGUGAACCCGAAGUUGCGGUUAAAAAAGCAAUGAUUAAAGGAAUCCAAGAAGGGAGAGGAAAUAAAGGUGCCAUUUAUGUGUUUGCACUGGGAAACGGUGGUCGGUUCAGCGACUCUUGUAACUUUGAUGGUUACACUAAUUCAAUAUAUUCAAUUACAGUAGGAGCUAUAGAUUACAAGGGCUUACACCCUGUUUAUUCAGAAGCUUGUUCUGCUGUUAUGGUAGUGACUUAUUCAUCAGGUUCCGGUGAACAUAUUCACACUACAGACAUAAAGAGGAAAUGCAGUGCAUUGCAUGGCGGUACCUCAGCAGCAGCACCUUUAGCUAGUGGAAUAUAUUCCCUAGUUCUCGGUGCUAAUCCAAACUUAACAUGGAGAGACAUGCAGUAUAUUAAUGUCUUAAGUGCCGUACCUAUUAACGAACAAGAUGGUAACUACCAGAAAACGGCAUUGGGAAGGUUGUAUUCUCAUAGAUAUGGUUAUGGUAAGAUUGAUGCUUAUAAGAUGGUCGAGUUUGCUAAAUCUUGGCAAAAUGUAAAGCCCCAGGCUUGGUAUUAUAGUGAUAUUGUUGAUGUGAAUCAACAAAUUACUAUGAACCAUCCCCAACUCAAAGGAAGGGACGAAGGCGACAGUGAACCUUUAAAGAUUAUCAAAUCAACCAUAACCGUUACUGAAGAAGACCUCAAAGUUAUGAAUGUUGAGAAGGUAGAACAAGUAACAAUAAAAGUCAAUAUAAGGUCAUCGUUUAGGGGCAGGACUGGUGUUAGAUUGAUUUCGCCACUGGGUGUGAUAAGUGAUUUAGCAACAUUUAGACCGCUUGAUAGCUCACUGCGUGGCUUUAGCAACUGGACGUUUAUGUCAGUGGCACACUGGGGGGAAUCUGGCUUAGGUGACUGGCAGGUUGAAGUGUUUUCAGAUGAUUCGAAACAGGACCCAAUAGAUAUUUCUUUUGAAAAUUGGCAAUUGCGGAUAUUUGGUGAAAGUAUUAACGCAGACAUGGCGGAAAAAUAUGAUUUGUUAAAGGACUAUGCUGCUGUUAGAAGAUCAAGAAUCGAGGAGAAUAAAUCAAAGCAGCCUCAGACUAGUACUACCGAUACUACUACUGAUGUUGCAGAAACAAGUACUGAGAUGGAGGAGGAAUCAUCAUCAUCAACACCAACACCAACACCAACAACAACACCAACAACAACACCAACAACAACAACAACUCAACCAAAUGAAGAAGAACAAACUACUUCCACUGAGCAAUCGGAGACGAGUUCAACUUCCUCCACUGAUGUAGAAACCGUAUCUGCAUCCACUGAAACAGUAUCGCCAACAGAUAGUCACAAUGAUGAAAAUGAUGAGGAGCCAACCGAUGAACCAGAUGAUGGCAAGAAUAAACAAGCCUCUAGUAGCCACACAGGACAAUACUUCAUGGCUAUGGCAGUAGUUGGAUUUAUUGCCGUGUUGUUGAUUAUGAAAUUCACUAAAACACAAGGUUUUAGUCAACGCCGUAGGGGAAGAAGAGAUGAUUUUGAAUUUGAUAUUAUUCCAGGUGAAGACUAUACUGAUUCCGAAGAUGAAGAUGAAGAUGGUGCCGAGCGCGAAAAUAGAAGAAACGAAGACUCUUUUGACUUGGGACAAAGAACUGAGAGGGAUAUUAUUAGACAAGACGAUGAGGCUAGAGAUAGGCUAUUCACUCAGUUCAAUGCCGAAACUUUACCUGACUAUAAUGAUGAUAUGUUCAAGAUUGAUGGAGACGAUGAUGAAGAUGAUAGGUUGAGCAAGAAUGAUAAAACAAAGAAGAAAUCUGUUGCUUUUGAAGAUGAGAGUGAGAGAGGAACAUUGUUGACGAAUGAUUCUAAUGAUUUUGGAAAGAAUGAAGGCUCUGCUCUGAUUGAAGAUAGUGAAAGAGGAGCAUUGUUGGCUAAUGCUGAAAGAAUUGAAAACCUGACUUUGGCCGAAGAUAAGAAAAGUGGAGAGUAA